UCAGUUCGCGAUAGGUAGCCGGAGAGGAAAGACGUAUUGUGUAUCCUGUGUCGCGCUGUCAUAAUAAUUACUUUACAAGCAGAAGGAGCUAGUGUAUUGAUUAUUCAAUCCGGAGAUUGUUUAAUAGUGUCGUCUGCUGUAAAUAUAUUCAUGAGAGUUAAUUGUUUGGAAAAAUAUUGAACUAAUAAAAUAUCAAAUACAGAGGACACACAAAAAUGACUUGUGUUCUACCAGUGACACCAUUUUAUACAAAGACUUUCAACAAGGAUGCCAGUGUGGAGUUACAAAAUAGAGGAUUUGAUAAUUUUGAUUUUGGCUGGAUAAAUGCUCAACAUGUAAAGCCUGGAUUAUUAAAUGAACACAUGCCCAACCCAGUGUCGGAUAGACACAAGUACAGGAUUGUCGGUAUCGUGCCAAGAUGAAGUUACAAGUGACCUGUCUGCAACCAUAAAACACGUGAAAUUUGAUAUGCAUAAUGAAGAAUGUCAAGACACAUAUUUAAAGGCAACAGACAAGAAAAAGUAUAUACAGGUACCUAUAAGAGGUAAUAACCAGUUUGAAAUCUGCAAAAAGACGCAAACGAAACCAGAGCCACAGAAUUCAACAACGCACGGAGUCAAACGAAAAACAGAUGUUACGGAGUCCGAAGAAGUAUAUAUUCCAUCCAAACGAGUCUCGCCAUUCUUAAACACACCCAAGGAAAGAAAAGACGAACGAAAGAACAUUUUGAAAAUUUCAGUUAAAAAGUUAAAACAGUUGGACGACCCCGAAAUAUUUCUAAGGAGAACAGUUCUAGUAAAUAAUACAAUGAAAAAACUUCAGAGGGAAUUACGAGCAGAAAAUCUUAGAACUAAAAAUAGAAAGUAUUUUAGUGGAUAUGAAGUAUUGAACAAUAAUUGUAUGUCAGAUGCUUAUUUAAUUGAUGACCCCUUUCUGAGUGGUGUUCAUGAGAAAAUCACAGACGAUAUGACUGACACACUCAUUAAUAACGUGUUACAUGUAGAUGAUUCACCAAAUAACAUAUCUAAAGAAACUGAUAUUGAGGAAGUUCAUACUGUCAAAGACAGUGGAAAUCCCUGAAACACUGCUGAUACUUAAUUAAGUCUUUCAUCUUCUUCAUAUCAUUAAAAGGAAAUUGAAGAAGCAAUUCAAAUACAUUAAGCGUAAGAAAAGAGCGUAUCCAUCAUACCUGUUAAGAUGAUAGUUGGAGGGAGCAAGCAGAUGCAACGGAAACAGUUGUUAAGAAAACUUAAUAUAAGAUACUUGUGAAUCCGCUUACCUAGUUCGAAAUAACACUGAAACUAAACAAAACAAUGACAAACUUUCAGUGAAGUAAGAUUCAGUUGUGCAUCUUAAUCAAAGCCCAACAUUCUUCACCCAGCUAAAGUAUACAUACAAUUCAAAAGUAUUUGCGUGCAGUAAAGGUAAUUCGUACAGCAAUCAUUCAAGUUAACAAGAAAUUGUUUUUACUUGAUCAAAAGUUGGCAAGCAAGCCCUUAUCGCAUUCCUCCAAUACAUUCUUUGCUGCAUUUGACAUAAAUCAUUCGAUACAAAGCCAAAUGCUUUUAAUAAAGAAUCAUUAUCUGUAAAUAUAUUGUUUGGGAUCAACAGAAUGAUUGUUUCGGGGAAUUAGGAUCAGUGGAAAGCAAAGAGAUUGAGAAUGAGGAGAGGUCUCUUCUUUGAAUGCGUUUCAUUUUAUCUGUCUAGUCAUAUCUUUUUAUUGAUUUAACAAAUUUGUUAAAAGUACAUUUCAUGAAUUCGUACAACAUAUUCUGCUUUAAAAUUUGUAAAAUUGAAAAAUGGACAUUUCAAAUUGAAAAUUUUAGUUGUCUCUUUUAUGCGAUUAUAGGUGAAACAAAGUUAUUUCUCUAGAAAAAUUGUUCAUAAAUGCAUUUCUGCUCCGAUAAUUGCAAAUCUGAAUCUUUUCAACGAUAGUGUACCUACAUGACAUUGUAUAUAAUGAAAAAUAAACCAGUUUCUUUU